AUAACGAGUGAUUUGGCGUUAAUGUGUUGUGGAAGACACACAUAGCACGACGUGAAUCCGAGGAUGACGUCCGGGCGAACGUUUUAAAGAUCCAUUGAAGUGCACUCCAAAUCCAACAUGGCGGGGCUGUGCGCUUCCGUCCCCCUACCCCUCCUGCUCCACCUGUCCCUGCUCUCAGCCGCAACCUUGCAGCCCGCUCAGGCAGCUCCUCUGGCGCCCCAGUCCGCAGCCGAGGGGUCCUUCCAGUCUGCAGCCGAGGGGUCCUUCCAGUCUGCAGCCGAGGGGUCCUUCCAGUCGGAAGCAGGGGGGUCCUUCUCGCUGGAGGCGCUAGGCUGUGACGCGCUACACGCCGCGGACGGGCGAGCGGUGGCUAGAGUAGAGGUGGGACGUCGGCUCCGGGCGUCAGCGGGCGAGGAAGAGGAGUGCCCGUCCAUGCCAAGGCUCACUGCACCUACGCCCACCGGCAUCACCGUAGGGCACGAUGUGGCAAGGCUGACAGUGCCCACUGGCACCACAGUGGAACAUGACAUGGCAAAGCUCACCGUGCCCACCGUUGCCGAAGGGGAACACGACGAGGAAAACGCUGGCCAGGGAGGAGAGAGAGUGGGAGACGGAGGAGCGGGAGUGGGAGAGAGAGGAGGGGACAGAGGAAGGAGAGAGGGACUCUCUGUUGCUGGAGGGCCUGGAGCAGGGCAUGGAGAGAGUAGUGCACACACAACAGGAGCCAGCAGCCAUGUGGUGGGGGAGAGGCAAGGAGGCGCCAGAGAUGUGGGCAGACUGGGCACCGGGCACAUGGACAGGGAGGAGGAGCAUGACGAAAGCGUGAAGGGCACCUCCCCAUCCGGGGGUGCUACCACAGCAGGAGGUUACACUGCUUCAACAGCCAGGGCGGCAGGCUACAUCACCACCCCAGCCGGAGGCGACACCCCCUCCCCGAUUGGGGAUGCUACCACCUCCAUCACCACCCCAGCCGGAGGUGACUCCACCUCCCCCAUUGACGAUGCUGCCACAGCAGGAGGCUACACCACCUCCAUCUCCACCGCCACCACAUCCUCAGUAGACAUUGCCCCUGCAGGGGGAUUGGCAGACAAACAAGCCAGAAGUGCAGUGGCACCAUUACCACUGCUCAUCCACUCUGUGCCCAUUCUCACUCCAGACCAGCAGGAGGCAGCAGAGGAGCAGGCCAGAGGCGCAGCGGUAGCGUUACCACUGCUCAUCCACUCUGUGCCCAUUCUCAACCCAGAACAGCAGGGGGUGCAGCAGCAGAGUUCGGACGGGGAACGAGCAACAGACACCGGACAAAGGGGAGGUGGCAUAGCGGAUGGGGAGAGAGGAGGGGGCAUCUCUGUUGCCGUGGCUACAGCAGUGCCACCACCCUCCGUCGGCCCGGGCAGCACAGAUGGAGGAGGGGGUGGCACACAGAUGUCACCACGGAGGGGGGCUGACCCCGCACAGGCCAGGGGUCGCGACGAGGAGGAGGGGGCACAGGGGCCACUCAGGAGCUCCACAAGCAGCCCAGACACGCCUGGGGGGGUCACGCCAGGGGGGCCACAAGGAGACGCAGAGAGGCAGGGGGAGGGUGGGCAGGAGAACAGCGCCAAGCAUGGGGAGGACGGCGGCCAGAAAGGGGAUGGGCACGAAAAAAGAAGGGGGGGUGGGUUGGGGAGGGGAGGGGAGGAUGAGGGUGGGAACAGGGACUGGCAAGGAGGGGCUGGUGGGCAUGAGAAAUGGGGCGAGCAGGGGGAGGAGCAGGGGUGGCAGGUGGAGUUGGCAGCGAGUAGCCUUCCUUCUCCAUCCGACCAGGACUCCGAGGCGGCAGAGCAUGAGGAGAGGGAUGGGGAUCGGGAAGGAGAUACAGCGGAACCUCCACAGCGUCUGUCGGCAGGCAGCACCCCCUCAGAUCUCCUCUCCUCAGCACCUGACAGCACCUCCUCAGAUCUCCUCUCCUCUCUACCUGACUCCAGGCUCUCUGCUCUCCACUCCUCACCAGGAGACAGCAUCCCGACUGUUCUCUACUCCUCGCUACCUGCCAGCGAUCUCCUUCCCACAGCGACGCCCACAUCAGUAAGCGGGCCAGGAGCCACCUCCUCCCAGGAGGGGGCGCCAGUGUUCACGCUGGCACCAGACCCUCCGCAACCAGACGCCACCUGGAGCGACGCCAUCAGCCUGCAGGGAGGGGGGAUGGCCAUGGUGUCCUCAUCUCAGGAGGCGGGACCAGAACCUGUGAUGUCAUCAGAGGCCCUCCCACUAAUCUUCGAACCCUUUGAGGAUGCUACAGCGCCACCAGCGGGUAGCAUGCCACCAUCACAGCCCUUCACACCUGCUGAGGUGGCACCGGGCACACUGGCAGAGACCGUUACCAUGGACGCAGAGCGACCGCUUUCGAUCGGUCCAGGGGUUGCAGGGGGUAGGGACUGGGCGUUGCCAGGGCAAGCGUCUGGCGUGGAGAUGGCAGAGGGACCGGGCGACCGGGCAGAACACACUGGUGCUGGCAUCACACAAAGUCCUAGGCAGACUCCUCCCACCACCGUGGCCAGCCUAUCAGCAAGCGUCACUCAGCAGAAGUCCAUAGCAACCGUUACCAGGACUGCAGACUUUUCGCUGGUCAGACCCAAAUCGGGACAGGAGGAGCUGGAGUCUGAGGACUCUGAGGAGGAGGAAGAGGAAGAAGAGGAGGAAGAAGAAGAAGAGGAGGAGGAAGAGAGCGAUGAGUUGACAGAGGCCCCCCCUCCCGCCUCCACGCGCCCCCCCUUCAGCCUCAUACCCCCCCUCCCCGUCUGGGUGCAGCGCAACCAGGGACUUGCUCGCAGCUGGGUGGAACUAAUACGAGAGAAGGCCGGCUAUGUGUCGGGCAUGUUGGCGCCGGUAGGCAUUGGCAUAGCGGGCGCGCUCUUGAUAGUUGGUGCCCUGUACAGCGCCCGCCUGAUCCUCCGCAGAAGACGCGACAGCUUCAAGCACCAGCGCCGGAAGGGGAGGCAACCCUGUCAACCCAGAGAGGUGCGGACUGGACAGGACCAGGCAAUGCUAUUGGCCGACAGCUCAGAGGACGAGUUUUGAUUGGCACGACAGCUCUGACUGCCCGUUUGGCUUGGCUGACACGGAGCACGGAGGGCAAGCUCUCAUUGGCUAGCAGGUCUGAACAGCUGAUAAAGGGGAAGCUCUGAGCCAAUCGUCAUCGUUAUGGAGAUGACUGGAGAGAGAAUCACCAACCCUCAC